AUGACAGAGAUGUGUGAGCUGGUGCCCUUGAAGGAAGCAAGCCUCCACACGGAGCUGACGAUGGCGCUGAAGACCUACCUCAGCCUGGACACCUUGGGCGCGGCAAAGAGCGUGAUCUCGAAGUUGGGGAUCAAAGGACAAUCCUAUGGCCCGCGGUACAUCUCCACCCUCAAGCAAAAUGAGCGCAUGGUGGGUGUGAAGCUCCGAUCGGCAUUGACAAGUAGCUCUUAG